GUUCAUUUCUUGAAAGAGAAAGAGAGCUUGAACAUGUUUCAUUGUGGAUUCACAUGAAAGAAAAAUUACAAGUAUUGGAAAAGAAAAGAUAGUGAUGAGGAAUUUUCUCCAUUCAAGUUCAGCUUCCACUUCAGUUCUCUAUCCAUGGCUACAUCCAGAUUCCAAGCACCAGUCUGCAGCAUCCUCUCUUGUUUUCUUCUCUCAUCCCAAUUUCCUUCUCACCAUCCCCACCAAUCUCAAUCUCCAAAGAAUUUCUAGAAGAUAUUGCCUCAAUCCCCUUUCAAUCAGUGAUGGCAAUGGAGGACUUGUUCUUGGAUCUAAUAAUAAAGAAGAAAAAAAAGAUGAUGAUGAUGAUGAUGAUGAUGCUGAGCUUUGUCCUGUUGAUUGUGUGAAAGAGUUCAAGACUGAGGAGGAAUUUCUUAACAUCCUGGAGAAGUCCAAGGAGACUGGGGCUCUUGUUGUGGUUGAUUUCUUCAGGCCAUCUUGUGGAAGUUGUAAGUAUAUAGAACAAGGGUUCAUGAAACUUUGCAAGGGCUCUGGUGAUCAGGACUCUGAUGUUGUAUUCUUGAAGCAUAAUGUUAUCGAUGAAUAUGAUGAGCAGUCGGAAGUGGCUGAUCGAUUGCGUAUCAAGAUUGUGCCACUAUUUCACUUCUAUAAAAAUGGAGUCCUAUUGGAAGCAUUUCCGACCAGGGAUAAGGAGAAGAUCAUGGAAGCCAUUCAAAAAUAUACUUCGUCUUCUUAAAUACUUAUCAUAGUUCUUCUUAUUGUAAAUACAUUGUUGUGCAGAAUAUUUCAUGUUAAUUUAUACUGUAACUUCCAAUUGAAUGAUGGAUCACAUAUCUAAAUUGAUUGUUUCAGAGAUAUAUACAUAUAUACAGGGUUGUGUUUUUUA